AGGUGUCUCAGGUGGAUGGUUUCUCCUGGAUUGAGGAGAUGGGUCUCCCCAGCAGUGCUGCUGACACUGUCACUCCUGUCACAGCCUUUCUUCAGGCUCCUCAACCUGCGCAAGCUGGGCCUGAGCGACAAUGAGAUCCAGAGGCUUCCCCCCGAGGUGGCCAACUUCAUGCAGCUGGUGGAGCUGGACAUCUCCCGCAAUGACAUUCCAGAAAUUCCUGAAAGCAUCAAAUUCUGCAAAUCCCUGGAAAUCGCAGACUUCAGUGGGAAUCCUCUCUCCAGGCUCCCUGAGGGCUUCACCCAGCUGCGAAGCCUGGGCCACCUGGCCCUGAACGAUGUGUCCCUGCAGAGCCUCCCCACCGACAUUGGGAAUUUGGCAAACCUGGUGACUUUGGAGCUGCGUGAGAACCUGCUAAAGACUCUCCCCACUUCACUCUCCUUCCUUGUCAAAUUAGAGCAGUUGGAUCUCGGUGGCAAUGACCUGGAAGUACUGCCGGACACUCUGGGCGCGCUCCCGAACCUGCGCGAGCUCUGGCUGGACCGGAACCAGCUCUCGUCCCUGCCACCAGAGCUGGGCAACCUGCGCCGCCUGGUCUGUCUGGACGUGUCUGAGAACAAGCUGGAGCACUUGCCCAACGAGGUCAGUGGGCUGGUGGCACUGACGGACUUGCUGCUGUCACAGAACCUGCUGGAAUGCAUUCCAGAUGGGAUUGGUCAGCUGAAGCAGCUCUCCAUCCUCAAGGUGGACCAGAACCGGCUGACAGACAUGACAGAAUCGAUUGGGGACUGUGAAAAUCUGUCAGAGCUCAUCCUGACUGAGAACAUGCUGACGGCCUUGCCCAAGUCCCUGGGCAAGCUGGCCAAGCUGACGAACCUGAACGUGGACCGGAACCGGCUGACGGCGCUGCCAGCAGAGAUUGGGGGCUGUGCCAACCUCAGUGUCCUGUCUCUGCGGGACAACCGCCUGGCCCUGCUGCCCCCAGAGCUGGCCAACACCACCGAGCUCCACGUCCUGGAUGUGGCUGGGAACAGGCUGCAGAACUUGCCCUUUGCUUUGACAAAUCUUAAUCUGAAAGCCCUGUGGCUGGCAGAAAACCAGUCCCAGCCUAUGCUGAAAUUCCAGACCGAGGAUGAUGAAAAGACAGGAGAAAAGGUUCUUACUUGCUACCUGCUGCCCCAGCAGCCCUCUCCCAGCCUGGAGAACCUCCUGCAGAACAGCGUGGAUGAGAGCUGGACAGACACCAACUUGAACAGAGUCAGUGUGAUCCAGUUCCUGGAUGAGCCUAAAGGAGAUGAUGAUGAGGAGUCUGGAGCUGAAAGACGAGGCCUGCAGCGCCGAGCCACCCCUCACCCCAGCGAGCUGAAGGUGAUGAAGAAGGUGAUUGAGGUCCGGCGCAAUGAGGUGAACGCUGCGAAGGCUGAUGCCAACCCCAAAUCUCCCAACUCGGAAGAGAAGAGGCUGAGUGCCACUUCAAAUCGCAGCGAGGACUCUCAGCUGUCCACCAGCACGGCCUCUGUGGACUGCAGGGCACAGGACAGGGAGCGGGGCUGGCCCAACGGGCAGCUGCCAGACGGGCGCGAGAUGGAGAAGGAGGUGAAGCCCAGAGCGGAAGAGGAGCACAAGGAAGCUGCUGACCAGGAGGAGGAAGAUGUGGAAGUGGAAUACAAUGAGCCUACUGUACACUUCGCGGAGGACACGCUGAUCCGGAGUGAGGACGAGGAUGAGGAUGAAGAGCGACCGUUCCCAGUAGAGAAGCAGAGGCUUAUCCGCAAGGACACUCCCCAUUAUAAGAAACACUUCAAGAUCACUAAACUGCCCAAGCCAGAGGCAGUGGUGGCACUUCUGCAGGGGCUGAACAGUGAUGGGGUCCCCAAAGAGGAAGAGGAGUUGGGAGGCUGCAAUAAUAACACAGAGCCCAGGGAUCAGGAGGAAGCUUGGGAUGAGGAUGACAGAAAGAAUGGAGCUUUGUCUGCUCAGCCAUCCGUGAAGGGGGUGUCGUUUGAUCAAGCCAAUAAUCUGCUGAUUGAACCUGCUCGCAUUGAGGAGGAAGAGCUGACGCUGACCAUCGUGCGGCAGACGGGGGGGCUGGGCAUCAGCAUCGCGGGGGGCAAGGGCUCCACUCCCUAUAAGGGGGAUGAUGAGGGCAUCUUUAUUUCCCGUGUGUCUGAGGAGGGUCCUGCAGCUCGUGCAGGGGUCCGUGUUGGUGACAAGCUUCUGGAGGUGAACGGAGUGUCCCUGCACUGUGCCGAGCACCACGUGGCCGUGGAGGCGCUGCGGGGCUCGGGGAGCUCGGUGUCCAUGACGGUGCUGAGGGAGCGGAUGGUGGAGCCGGAGAACGCCAUCACCGUCACCCCGCUGCGGCCCGAGGAUGACUACAGCCCCCGGGAGCGGCGUGGGGGGCUGCGCUUCCCCGAGUGCCCCGAGGGAGCAGCGGCCACCGAGAGGUUUUCCACCUGCCUCAUGCGCAACGAGAAGGGCCUCGGCUUCAGCAUCGCUGGUGGCAAGGGCUCCACUCCUUACCGGGCUGGGGACACGGGGAUCUUCAUCUCCCGGAUCGCAGAGGGUGGUGCAGCCCACCGGGAUGGGAUCCUGCACGUGGGAGACCGGGUCAUCUCGGUGAUCCCGCGGGGGCUGGCGUCACGCAGCGGGCUCCGUGUGGGGGACAGGAUUCUGGAGGUGAACAGCAUCGACCUGCGCCACGCCACCCACCAGGAGGCUGUGAACGCGCUGCUCUCCAACGCUCAGGAGCUCACCAUGCUGGUGCGCAGAGACCCCCCACCACCGGGCAUGCAGGAAAUAUGCAUUGAAAAGGCUCCAGGAGAGAAACUGGGCAUCAGCAUCCGGGGAGGAGCCAAGGGCCAUGCUGGCAAUCCGUUUGAUCCCACUGAUGAAGGCAUCUUCAUCUCCAAGGUGAGCUCCUCCGGGGCCGCAGCCCGGGACGGCCGCCUGAAGGUGGGGAUGCGGAUCCUGGAGGUGAACCACCAGAGCCUGCUGGGGAUGACGCACACGGAGGCCGUGCAGAUCCUGCGGGGCGUGGGGGACGCGCUCCUCGUGCUGGUCUGUGACGGCUUCGACCCCAAGGCUGCGGCUGCCAUCGAGAUGUCCCCAGGAAUCAUUGCAAACCCUUUUGCUGCUGGCAUUGGGCGCAAGAACAGCCUGGAGAGCAUCUCCUCCAUUGACCGGGAUUUGAGCCCCGAGGAACUGGAGAUCCUGCAGAAGGAGAUGGAAAUGGUGAGAGAAGCCACUCAGUGGGAGAGAGAAGAAAUGGAGAAAGUGGAGCGGCUGCGUAGGGAGCGGGAGGCAGCCACGCAGCAGCUGGAGGAGGAAGCGGAGAACGUCCCCAGUGAACCCCUGCGCCUGGACUACCGGACCCUGGCAGCGCUGCCCAGCAGUGGCCUGCAGAGAGGGAACCGCACCCCUGUUGUGUGCGCUGAGCCCGGCUGCAGCAUGGAGGGUGACUGUGCGCUGCUGUCCCCGCCCGCGGCGUGCCACGGCCGGGAGGCGUCCCCGGAGCCGGCGGCGGCCGUCCCCGGGCCCCCUCAGCCCCCUGCGCCUCCCCAGCCGCACACGAGCGGGGCACAACAGCCCCGGGGAGACAAGCAGGACCCCGAGGGGUGUCCCUUGUCCCAGGAGCAGCUGCCAGAGACGCCAGAGUGUUUGAUCGACUCGCAGCCCAUCCCCUUCAGUGAGAACCCCUUUGUGGUGGCCAACCGCAGGGGCAAGGCCGCGGGCGCGGCCGGCCUGGGGGGGCCGCCCCUGGGCUACGGCCGGGGGGGCGUGCUGAAGACCAGCCCGUACUCCAAGGCUCCUAUGGUCGAGUCUGGGACAGGAAAUUCCAGGCGUGAAUCCCCCUAUUCUUCCAGUAAUCCACAGGUGCCCGCAGCCCCCCGGCCCCCUCACCUGGCCGGCAGGGAGACGCGCUUUGCUUCCAUUAACUUCACUACAUCACAGGAUGACAGUAAAUCAACCAAGCCUGGCGUCAUUCAGCCUCUGUCCCGCGUGCGACCAAGCGCUGCGCCGCACAGAGCCGAGGAGGGGGACAGCCCCAACCCCUUCCAGCAGCCUGAGCCAUGCUUCAGGAUCCACAGCUCUCAAAAACCAUCGCCACUGUCGCCACCCUCCCCUGACGAGGUCCCCAUCAAUGUCAAGCAGGCCUACAAGACCUUCGCAGCAGUGCCCCUGUCCCACCCACUGCUGGGGACACAGGAGCUGUCUGGUCAGAGCAGCACAGAAAACACCAAAAUGGCCUUGGAGGUGGCCACGCACAGCCCUGGGGGACAGCACAGCCCUGAGCAAAGGUCCUUCCGUGAGAGGCAGAAGUAUUUUGAGAUUGAGGUGAAGCAGCAGCACCUGGACAAGCCUCCCAAGCGUGUGUCCUUGGUGGGGGAGGAUGACCUGAAGAAGAUGAAAGAGGAGGAAGCCCGCAAGCUGCAGCAGCAGCGAGCCCUUCUGCUGGAGGAGGAAGCUGAGGAGGAUGAGGAGGUGAGGCAGGUGCCUGGGGCUGUGCAGUCCAGCGUCAUCAUCGAGGGCGUCGAGUACAAGGUGGAGAGGCUGAAUGGAAGGAGCAUCCAGGCUUCAGCAGCUCGGCCCUUGGAGCUCAGUGAGAGCAGCAGCUCACAGAGGAAUUCCUUGGAAGAGGGGAUCAAGUCUGAGCAGAGAACCAACUCCAUGUCGGGGCUGAGCCCGGCGCCGGAUCCCGCGGCUCCCGUGCGCACGGCCAAGGCCGAGCGGCGGCACCAGGAGCGGCUGCGGAUGCAGAGCCCGGAGCUGCUGAGCCAGGAGAAGGAGCUGUCCCCAGCGGAACGCCGCGCUCUGGAGGCAGAGAAACGCGCCAUGUGGAGGGCAGCACGAUCCUCAGCUCUUGAAGACAGUAUUAAACAGUACGAGCAGGAUCUGGCCAGGAAGCUGUACCAGUCCCGGCAGUGGGCACCUGCUCCCGGGGCCAGCUCUAGCCCAGUGCAGAGUCACGCCUCGAGAAUCCCUGGGUCAGGAGGCCAAUCCAGGAUGAAAUCACUGGAACAGGAUGCUCUUAAAGCCCAAAUGGUUAUUGCCAAGUCCAAGGAGGGGAAGAAACGCAGCACACUGGAGCAGCUGGCAGAGUCACCUUCACCUGCUCCGACACCGUCUCCAACGCCGCUGGAAGAUUGCAGCCCCAGGAACGUCACUUCCCCAGGAAGGCUGUCAAUGUCUGAAAAGAAGUUUGACUACCGGGAAUUUGCUGCCAUUCCUUCCUCCAAACCCGUUUACGAAAUCCAGUCCCCUGAUGCAGCUGAUGACCUCAGAUACGUCGAUGACCGGAAUAACUCAGUUCUCCGGGAGCAGGAUGGGCAGCCAGAGGAAGAGGAGACGUUGGGAACUCGGGAUCCAUCAGCACCAGCUCCCUCAGCCCUGGAGGACAUGGCCCUGUACAGCAACAAGCGGAAGCUCCGGCACAGCCGGCGCAGUUUGGAGACCGCUGUCCCCACAUAGGUGACCCGACACACCUGGGCAAUGGACUGGCCUGGCACAGCCCUUCUGAGCUUCCUGUGCUCCAGGGACAGCACCAGGCUGCCACCCUGCCUACAGACUCUGGAUGGAACCUGGGCUUCCCGGGAGCUCUGUGGCCAACUGACUCCUCUGAGGCUGUGAAUCGCCCUCGUUUCUCAUCCAACAGUCUACUGGGGCACAUCCCAAAACUGGGACAACACUGGACUGACUGCUGGCAGAUGGAGAGGAAGGGUGGCCAGGACAGUGGGCAGCUUGUUAGCCUGUAAAUAUUGUGUGUGGGGAAGGGUAGGACAGGGAGAAUGUAGGAGUGUGAAAGUGUGUUGGGCUCCAGCAGUUACUGCCUCAACUUGGGUUUUGUAGUGGUUAAAAGGAGCUUCUCCUCUGGUGGGAAUCAGGAGAAAGGUCCAACCUGCCUUUACUCCUAUUUAGUUUCCAGUCUUUUGCCAAAAAGCAUCUCCUCCCACCUCCUGCACUGUGUCACCUCACUUCCCUUUGGGAGUGUUUGGGAAUGGGAAGCUUGGAGGCAAAAAUAAGGAAAAAAAAGAAAAAAACCCCACCAGAAUUCCAGCAAAGUGCCUCCCUCUGCCACUGACACUCUGUGCUUAAGGAAAACAGAGCCAGCUCUCCACCACCUGCCUCUGUCUUGGUGGGACAGUGCUCCUGCCGGGGCUUUGCACUGUCCUGGGGACAGGUCCCUCCCUGGUCGGUCACACCCCUUUGUCACACACGGUGUGAGCCACUCCAUGAGCCCACAACUGGAGGGUUGUCUACAACAGGUCUCUCCUGUAGCACUGGGGCUGAACUGGUCAACUGGGGCAGGAAUGGGAUGGAGCCAGCAGCCUUAGCAGGGGUGUAGGGGGUGUGUGACAGCAGGGGGGAGCAGGACAAUUGGGGUAGGAGACGGUGGCAGAGGUGGGAGGUGUGACAGCAGGUACCUUAGUGGGUAGAGUUCAGGAACUGGGGAUGGGUGGAACGUGGCGUUGCUCGGGUCAGGUUGGGAGUUACAGGAUCUUUGACUUGGGAGACACUGGUGGGGAGUCCACGGUGUCCACGCUGGCUGAGGCUGGAGUGGGGUGUCAGGGUGCUGGUGUGGGCUGGCAGGGAGCACCAGGAGCACCACACAGCAGGAUGGGGCUGGCCUGUGCCUUGCAAUAACUACACAGUUCCACUCUGCCAGCUCAUUGGCUUCAGGCCCCUUUCCAUGGAAGACAGGGAAAAUGCACGUUUGGCCACGCAAGAGGGAAAAAGGAAAAUGAGAAAUGAGUGGGGGUGUGAGUCCUGGUUUCCACAUGUGGAACAAGGGCUGUGAGCAGAUUCUGUAUCAUGUGAGCUCUGCAGAUGUGGAGGUCACAGCUGCUGCUCCUGACUCUGCCAUCAGCUUCUGCUGCCACUAGUGAGGGGAAACAACCCUUUUCUUUUUGGUUUUUUUUCACUGCCUCUAACCGUGAGGAAGGUUCAAGCUCAGCACAAUCCCAUUCCUUGUCCUUUGGUGCUCUCUGACUCCCCAGUAAGACCAGGGUUGGACCUCGAGCCUCACAGUGGCUGGGCAGUGACAGGCACAUCUGCUUGUGCAUUUGCUGAAGGAAAGAGCUGGAUGCAGUUUUUUGGGUGCAGUUUUUUAGUUGAGCAUCUCCUUUCAUGCCAAAAUCCAGCAGAUCAUUUUAACUGACUCUGUAUGUUUUGAUUUUACAAACUUGUGAAGGAGGAACUGAUAAUCUCACACUGCAGCUGCAGCUGCUUCCAUCAUCAGCAAUUUGAGCUUUUCCUUUUUAAAUCUAAUUUUAGCAUUUGCUUUUUAACAACAGCAGUUUUGGAAACAAUCCUGGCUGGGUUUUGGUGACUAACUUGUGAUUCUUCUCUUCUUUUCCUGUGCGGUACCUGGUGCCAGGCUCUGGAUUCUCUCCCGUUCUCUCCCAAGAGACUCAGAGGGAAAAUUAGCGCAGCAAGACUGUAACUAGUGAAAUUUGUACAACCAAAGAAAUCUAUUUUGUGGUUCAAGGAUAAUAAAGUUUACUUUACAUUUUA